AUGAAGGGAGGGAUUUCCUCAAGUGUGUGCAUUCUGGUUUUCUUUUUACUUGUUACAAUCUUUUCGAGUGUCGAAGCUCAGUCAUGCAAAUCUCAUGGCAAAAUUGUUGGCAAAAAACCUCCUCCAGGGCAAUGCAAUACUGAGAAUAAUUCUGAGUGUUGCAUACAAGGUGAGCUUUACGCCACUUUCACAUGUUCACCACAGGUUUCACAACGUACCAAGGCAGUCUUGACACUCAAUAGCUUCGGGGAGGGUGGAGAUGGUGGAGGGAAAUCUGCAUGUGAUGACAAGUUCCAUUCAGAUGACACACCAGUGGUGGCACUAUCGACUGGAUGGUUCAACAACCAAAAGAGGUGUUUGAACAAAAUAAUCAUCCAUGGAAACGGAAGGAGUGUCCAGGCCACGGUUGUUGAUGAGUGCGACUCCCAGAGGGGCUGUGACGCUGAACAUGAUUUCCAACCACCAUGCCCCAACAACAUUGUUGAUGCCUCCAAGGCAGUUUGGAAGGCUUUACGAGUGCCAGAAUCCGAGCAGGGCCAGUUGGAUAUAUUUUGGUCUGAUGCUUGA